UGCCCAUCGGGCUCCCGCUGGCGGACGAAGCGACGCCAGCGGCUCCGAGUCGGUCUAUCGAUCGCGGCGAGGCGAGCGCGAGGUGGACGCGGACGCCGACGCGGACCCCUACGUCGACCUCGACAUCGAGGAGGCGCACCUCGUGGGGGGCAUCCUAGGGCGCGCAUGCGCGCCGAUCCCCGGUACUGGCGGGGCCCGGGCCCCGACCCCGAGGCCGACCCCGACGCCCGGGCGAUGCACUAGCCGGCCCUAUGACGGCCAGCCGGCGGUUGAUCUUGGCGGUCGCGACCCUGGCCCUGAUCGCGGGUCGCGCCCCGGUGCUCGGGGCCGUGCCCGGCUGCAAGCCCAGCGAACACAGGUGCGGGACCUCGGGCCUCUGCGUCGCCCAGGACAGGUUCUGCGACGGGGAGAACGACUGCGAGGACAAGAGCGACGAGCCCGUCUACUGCACCCCCUGCAAUCGCACCCUCUACGGGGAUGUGGGCCGGACCUACGAGCUCCAAGUCCGUCGGCCACGGGAGGAUCGUCUGCCCUUCCUCUGCCAACUCAACUUCACCGCGGCCGGCCAGGAACUCGGCGAUCUUGUGCAGCUAACCUUCGACACCUUCACCGUCGGCCGCUUUUUAUCCUUCACCUCGGAUGGCUGCCCCGACGGCUACAUGACGAUUAACGAGGAGGACAGACCAGCGACCGGAGGACAGUGGUGCGGUAGCGCCUGGGGUUACACCGUCUACUACAGCGAGACCCGUUCCAUCAACUUGACCCUCUACCUCUCCCGGUUGUCCGGUCAGGGCAACGACUACAACUUUGACUUCAAGCUGUCGUACAAGUUUUUAAAGCGCAGCGAGGCACAUCUGAGGUACGGCAACAGCAGCAUGAGCACAUGGCGCGGGGAGUUGGUCAAUGCCACUUACUGUGAUCGCGUUUUUACAAGGUGCGAUACUCGAGCUUGCCGCCUCCAGUCGCCCAACUACCCCGGUGUGUAUCCGCGCAACGUCACCUGCUACUACAGGGUCGAGCAAAAGCGAGCACCCCCGGGUCACCGGGCUCUCCUCGCGGUUAGCCAGCGCAAUAGCCACAAAAUACACAUCAAGGAUCAGGUCAACAAGUACGAUACGAGCCAGCGAACCCUGAGGGUCUGGGAUCAAUGCAAUGUCGUGCAGGACUACCUGACCGUGUACGACGGGGGUUCGACGAAUGACCGCGUCCUGGUGAGACUGUGCGGCGGUGAUGCUGUACCGGACAUCGUCGGCAGCCGUGACACGAUGCUCCUCGAAUUCCACACCUCGCCCUACGACAAUCCCUUUCAUCCCGUACCGCUCUCGUUUCUGCCCGGAUUUGAGCUAGAAGUCCAGGUGAUCUUCGUAGACGAACGCUCGUCCCCGAGCUUCGUCGUAAAGGAUAAGCAGAAGUGCGACUUCUAUAUAACGAGCUACGAGAGCCCGUCGGGCAUCCUCGAGAAUCCGAAGCACUCGCUGCCGCCCAACACGACCUGCCGCUACCACUUCCAGGGUAAGCCCGGCGAGAUCGUCUGGCUGGCGUUCGUCAAGUAUUACGCGGCUACGAGCGAACCGGUGAACAACCUCGCGGUCACGGCCGAUGACGCCGCCACCGAAUGCAACGUGCGGCUCCUGAUCUGGAACGGUGAGCGAAACAAGUCAGGAUGGCUGGAGGCACCGGAGACGAUGGCCGACGACAGGCUACCGGCCGCCACCCGGGAGAAUGCCACGCUCAUGGGCGAGUUCUGCAAGGAGGAGAUCCCGCGGCUCUGCGAUCACAGCCUCCUGCGGAACGGCAGUCGACAUACGCGGCCGUGCAGCAUGGCCGAGAGCUACGUGUCGACGGGCCGCCAUCUGACCCUCGAGCACGUGCUUCGUCAAGGGAGCGCUCUCUACCCGGUCAGCUUCGUCCUGCGCUACGAGUUCGUCAGAGAGCCGAGUUCCUGCAACCGGCUAUUCCUGGCUCCGAGUGCGCCCGGCGCCACCGAGGUGCGGCCCUUUGGUUCGCCUCGAAGCGUCUUCUUCUACGGCCGGGGCGGCGCCGCCAAUCUCAGCUGUGUCUAUAGGUUCGAGGUAGGGCCCGACAAGAGGCUCGAGCUCGCCAUCACCAGGGCCUCCUUCGCUGGGAGGAGCUGCCGCUCCAGCAUCGAUCCACUUGUCAACAGGUGGGCCUGCGAGAGGCCGGCCAAUCCUCAACACGAACCCGAUGAGGGCCUAGCGGAGCUUCGCCUCACCGAGUACCCGUGGAAGGGUGUACGGCUUCCUCGCGACUGCCUCUGCUCGAAUCUGAGCGAACGGCUGGUCUUCCAGAGUCUCUCCUCGGCCCAGCUCGAGCUAAGUUUCGUGGUGCGACGCAUGAACGUCACCCAGGACUACACGGAUUUCUUCUUCGAGGGUGAGUACAGGUUCGUACCCGCGGCAACAGCAUCAGCAGCAGCAGCAGCAGCAGCGACAUCGCAGCAACAGACGCCCGGGCAGGGAGUCGCGCCAGUGCCGACUUGUCACGGCUCCUCCCACUCCCUCUCGGACUCACCCCGUCUUAGCAGACUCGAGGAUCGUCGUCUGCGCGGCACCAGCGGCGAAAUCUCACUGAGGAGUCCACCCCUGCCGCCUGCCGCCUCCGUCGCCCCCCAGAGCCCGGAUCAGGUGGAGGCGUCGCAGUUGGAGGGAGGCUCUCGGAGAGAACGACUCAAUGGCUUGGAAACGGUUAACGAGAGCCUCGCGGUCUCGGGCCCGCCGGUCCAGGAGCUGGGCGCAGUCUCGCCGACACAACGAGCGGUGAUCGCGAAUUCCGGCGAAGUGACACGGUGCGUUAACGAGCCCUGGCUGAUAGAGCCCGAGGACGCGACGAUGCACUUCCUCUACCUCAAGACGCCGGGCUUCCGGCUGAACCAGCGCAACAUCGCCGAGUGUCCGACCCGCAACCGUAUUAUCGUCUACCCGGCGUCGAACGCCCUCGAGCGGACGAUCGUCUGCCCGGCCGAGGGUAAUAGGACCGGGCGUCACGCUCACGGUCCCGACUCCCCGAGGAUCGUCGAGCUCGUCUCCGGUGGCUGGAACCGCACAGGCAACAUCGUCCUCCAAGCGGCCGACGGCUCGCCCCAAUCGCAGCAACAGCAGCAACACUCUCGAAGCUUUGUCGUCGAAUUCCUCCAGCAGGAGCCCGGAUACUACGUCGUCACCUGGAUGGCUAUUUCCAAGAGAAUGCUAUCCGGACCAGGGGAUAGCUUCUUCGGUGGAGCCCUUGGACCGUCGAGCCCCGACUGCCCUUACAGAUGCCCGGAACUGGAGGCCUGCAUCAGCUCGUUACUCUGGUGCGACGGGGUACGUCAUUGUCCGUCGGGUUUCGACGAGCGCGAGGAGAACUGCUCGUACCGCUUCGGGGUGACUUUACUCUACGUGGCCAUCGGGGCCGGGGCCCUCGGUAUCUUUCUCAUCCUCCUUCUGGCCACGGGAUGCCUCAAGUACUGCCUAUACAGGCGCCGGCGAUUCCAGCGCCGACAGCUGCAGAAGAAAAUGUCCCCUCAGCAUGCUAGCGCGGAGGAGCACCAGCGUCUGCAGAAGAAGAAGGUGCAGGUACUGAGCGUGAACCACCUGAGCAGCCCGAGCAAUAACAGCGCAGUCAGGAACAACGGCACCCUCGACGCUCGUCACCAGCAGCCACGAUACGCCAAUGCAGCGUUCGCUCGAAUUGGCCGCUACGAUCCACGUCCACAGACACAACAGGAGCAGCAGCAGCAGCAGCAAUGA